AACCUCAGAUAUUCUCCUGCCGAGAAGACUAAACCUCAGAUAUUCUCCUGCCGAGAAGACUAAACCUCAGAUAUUCUCCUGCUGAGAAGAAUAAACCUCAGACAUUCUCCUGCCGAGAAGACUAAACCUCAGAUAUUCUCCUGCUGAGAAGACUAAACCUCAGAUAUUCUCCUGCUGAGAAGACUAAACCUCAGAUAUUCUCCUGCUGAGAAGACUAAACCUCAGAUAUUCUCCUGCCGAGAAGACUAAACCUCAGAUAUUCUCCUGCUGAGAAGAAUAAACCUCAGACAUUCUCCUGCCGAGAAGACUAAACCUCAGAUAUUCUCCUGCUGAGAAGACUAAACCUCAGAUAUUCUCCUGCUGAGAAGACUAAACCUCAGAUAUUCUCCUGCUGAGAAGACUAAACCUCAGAUAUUCUCCUGCUGAGAAGACUAAACCUCAGAUAUUCUCCUGCCGAGAAGACUAAACCUCAGAUAUUCUCCUGCUGAGAAGACUAAACCUCAAUAGAGGCUGAGAAGACAAAAGGUAACAAGCCUGAUAUCCUCUCCUCGUCUCCUCGGGACACUGAAAGAUAACAAGCCUGAUAUCCUCUCCUCGUCUCCUUGGACACCAAUAACAGUGAAAGUCAAGUCUAGUUGAUUGUUGUUCCUGUAUCCUAAACAUGUCUCCAUCGAGGUCUGUGGAGCCUCCUCUCUCCAGUGGUCAGUCUGUGCCUGCUCCUCUGUCCAUCUCCUUCUCUGGAUCGGGGUUCCUGGCUACGUACCAGUUGGGUGUGGCCCAGAGCAUGCGGGACCGGUCCCCCAGGGUGCUGCAGACGGCCCCUAAGGUCAUGGGGGCCUCGGCCGGGUCUCUGGUGGCUGCUGCCGUAGUCUGUGGCUCCAGUCUGGACAUGGUGCGUGAUGAGAUGCUGAGGUUUGCGCGGCAGAUGAGGGGCCGUGUCCUGGGGCCGCUGCACCCUGCGGGGAACGUGUCUGUGUGGAUAGAACGUAUGCUGCGUCUCAUGUUACCGGCCGACGCCCACAUCAGGGCCAGCGGACGCCUGGCCAUCGCCAUGACACGCAUCCCAGAUGGACAGAACAUCAUGGUGUCAAAGUUCACAUCCCGAGAAGACGUGGUGCAGCAUUACGUGGACGGUGGUUUCUCCAGUAUCCAGCCGACCAACUCCUGCCCAAUUGGCCACACCCUCACUGUGUCUCCAUUCGCUGGUGAGACGGACAUCUGCCCAAAGGACCCCGCCCCACUGUGUGACAUCGUGGUGAGCGGAGCGUACCUCCACUGCAGUCUUGUCAACGGUUACCGGAUACUACACGCCAUCUACCCCUACGACUGGGAGGCUCUGGACAAGGCCUACCACAGUGGAUACAGAGACGGCCUUCACUUCCUACACACCAGUGGUCAUCACCUCCCCCAGACCAUGGACUUUGACAGGUCAUCGUCCCCCAGACCAUGGACUUUGACAGGUCAUCGCCUCCCCCAGACCAUGGACUUUGACAGGUCAUGGACCAUGGACUUUGACAGGUCAUCACCUCCCCCAGACCAUGGACUUUGA